AUGAUGACGUUUUCUCUGUAUUUUUCCUUUUUAGCAGCAGAUAAUCACUUUGCCUUGUUAUCGAUACAACUUCUGCAUAGAGAUACGAAGCUGUUGAAGAUGAUAAGAACCGAAAGGAACAACAAGCCAAGUGUCAUUGCAAAGUUAAUGGGUCUUCAUGAGGUGCCAUUGAAGCAACAGCCAGUUUCUAGACCAAAAAGAGUGUUGUCUGAAAACUAUCUCCAGAAAUCUGCUUCUGUAGGUUCACGAGGAAGAAGAUGGAGUAAAGUUAAGCAAAAGAAUCGGGAGGUAUUAAAGAAACCGAAUUCAACAUUAAAUGAUUCAAGUAAGGAUGUUUCUUUACGGUAUCUUGAGAAAAGAAGUACUACUUUUGGGUGGGAAUUCAAGAAGCAGCUUUUAGAAAGAUCAAAAAGGCCCAAAGUUUGUCAAGAAAUUUGGUCUGGUAUACGGGUUUGUGAUCAUAGUGAGGUGCCUUCAAUGGCGGGUCUUGCGUCAAAGCAGAGAUUAGAAUUAGGAACACAAGAUUGCAAAGAUAAAUCUGCCACCAAAUUGGUAUAUAAACGAUUUAACAUCUCUUCUCUUCCCAAUAAAAAGUUCAAGAAAGUGUCUAAACAUGAUUUGGGAUUCACCUCUGGGAGACAACACAACAAUGUGUUGACAAAUUCUGAGGAUGUUGAAUUUUCUUCUGGUAAUGAAGGGAUCAAACAAAUAGAUGAGAAAGUAGAAUGCAACGAUUCUGCAAAAGAAGGAUGUUUUCCCUGUUCUUUGGAUGUUUCUUUUGAACAGGAUUCACCAUGUGAAGACAGAUUCACGUCUUUAAAUUGCAUCGAUAUCGAUGAUGAACAUGGAAGCAACACGACUGAAGCUCAUCAUCCGAGUCCAAAUUCAGUCCUGGAACCAGACAAUUUAUCAAUCGAUGAAUACGGUGAUAAAUUUAGCACUGAUCUCCAUGGUUUGUAUUUGAAACUUCAGAUUCUGAAAUCAGAAUCGGAAGAAAACCAAUCUAAACCUGAAAUCGUCAUAUCAAGUGACGAGGAUGCUGCCGAAACCGAAAGAUGCUUCGGACCAAAAGAAAGUCAAGAAUUUUCGUACCUUGUCAACGUGCUCAAUGAAAUUGAAAGUUUCGAAAGAUGGCAUUCCGUCGAACACAUUGUGAGCCCCUUGAUUUUUGAAACAUUAGAGAAGAAAUACCGGAAGCAAGAGUCGUGGAAUAAGGCGGAUAGGCGGUUGUUGUUUGAUCGUAUAAAAUUAGGGUUAUCAGAGAUUCUCAGACAACAUGUGGAAUUUAUAGUAUACUCGAAGCUUUUGAAGAGAAAAAUGAGUAGCAUUUUGAGGAGAAACGCCAUUGAAGAAGAACUGUGGAAAAUGGUAGUUAGUGAAGGAAAGGAAGUCAGUGUUAACGCUGACUUAUCUGAGAAGGCUGUGGGGAAGGAACCAUGGUUAGAAGAGUUGGGGGAGGAAGUGGAUUCUAUUGUUGUAGAGAUUGAAGCUUUUUUGUUCAAUGAGCUUGCAUUAGAGCUGGUUGCUUUUUGA